UUGACAGUAUUUUGUGUCGUGCCUGGAAGGACUGUGAAGUCUUGCAGCCGCUCAGACUUGAGGAGUGACAACUUACGAUGGCGGGUGCUCUUUAUCUGUUUGCUCUUCGCUCUUUCCGGUUCUGUGGACGGGGGCGACAGCAGCUGGACUGAGCUCACAGCCACAGUUUCAAUUCCCUCGCUAGGACGAUCCCAACCACCAACUCCUGCGAGGGUAGCUUGGAUAUUCAAGGACAUUUUAACGUUACUAUAGCUACUUUGGCCUUUUCUGUCGAUUGAGGAAAUCCAGCGUGUGGUUCUCCGGCGCAAUGAUGUGGCCAGAUUUAGGUAAAUACGGGCAGAAACGGCGGUUGAUAUCACUGUGAAACGCUCCCGAGCUGAUGAUGUUUGUCUUCGUCUCAUCUUUACAUGUCGUACCCGCACCCCUUCCUCGGCUGAAGGGCCAAACAAACGGCAACGUAAAGGACAUCAUUUGCUGACUUUCAAUGCGUUUAUCUCAAUUAUGGCAUCGUUUCCAGACCUCAAGUCGGCGGCUGUUUCGUGCUGAAAGAAAACCGUGUUACUGGUGAAAGUAGUGACCCCAAAACGCGGAGAAAGACCAGUGAACUUUGAUAUGCUGAGUGCUGGAUUGUGGCGAAGCCAGAGGUGCAACACUGAUGUGCAUCAGGUCCAGGAACCGUCAAUGCGGACUUCAGCUGGUGAUUUGACAAGUUACAUAUAGGAGCCCCCGAGUCUCUCUUGUCCCCUCUCCCUUCCCUCUGUCCCUCCCCCCUUCCCUUGUCAAUCUUCUCCCCGAUCCCCCUCUCCCUAUCCUCCAAGAUUCACCAUGCUUAUCAAGGAGUACCGCAUCCCCAUGCCCAUGAGUGUGGAGGAGUACCGCAUUGCCCAGCUCUAUAUGAUCCAGAAAAAGAGCAGAGAAGAGAGCUGUGGUGAAGGUAGUGGGGUGGAGAUUCUAGAGAAUAAGCCCUACACAGAUGGACCGGGUGGGACGGGCCAGUACACCCACAAGGUUUACCAUAUUGGCAUGCACAUUCCCAGCUGGUUCCGCUCCAUUCUGCCCAAAGCAGCACUGAGGGUUGAAGAGGAGUCUUGGAACGCCUACCCUUACACCCGCACCAGAUACACCUGCCCCUUUGUUGAGAAGUUCUCCAUUGACAUUGAGACGUACUACAAAUCUGACACAGGCAAUCAAGCAGAUGUCUUCAACAUGUCUGCAACAGAGAAGAGGCAGAGGACUAUUGACCCAAUCGACAUUGUGACAGAUCCCAUCCCUCCCCAUGAGUACAAAGCAGAGGAGGACACACGGCUCUACAAGUCAGCCAAGACCCAGAGGGGUCCUCUGCAGGACGACUGGAUAGAAGAGUACAAAAAUAACCCAGGGAAGACCCCCAUCAUGUGUGCCUACAAACUCUGCAAGGUGGAGUUUCGUUACUGGGGCAUGCAGUCUAAGAUUGAACGCUUCAUCCAUGAUGUCGGACUGAGAAAGGUGAUGGUGCGUGCCCACCGGCAGGCCUGGUGCUGGCAGGAUGAGUGGUACGGUCUGACCAUGGAGGACAUCCGGCAACUGGAACUGGAAACCCAGCUGGCCCUGGCCACGAAGAUGGCCCAGUUCAGUCAGGCAGAGGAGGCCACAGAGGCCAACGGAGAUGCUCCGUCUCCGGACAAACACCAGGAGGUUAAAGAAGCGAUCAGCUCCAUGGAAGCUGAGGAGGUGGUUGUUCGCUCAGGAGGAGAGACUCUCCAGCCACGAGGUGUACUCACCAAGCAGUGGUCCACUUCAUCCCGAUCCUCCCGCUCAUCCAAGAGAGGAGUGAGCCCAUCACGUCACAGCAUCUCAGAGUGGAGGAUGCAGAGCAUAGCGCGAGACUCAGACGACAGCUCGGACGAGGAGUUCUUCGACGCUCAUGAGGAUUUCUCAGACGGCGAGGAGGUCUUCCAAAAGGAAAUUUCCAAGUGGAACUCCAACGACCUCAUAGACAAGAUUGAAGCUGCAGACACAGAAGAAACUCCUGGUGAGCUGUUCAAGGAAAUGACAGUGGAUUAUGAGAGAGCAACCAGUGAGGAAAGACUAGAUGAGGAGAGCUCGUCCCAGCAGUGUCUGCAGCCCUCCAAGAUCCAUGUGCUGAUCUUGGUUCUGCACGGAGGGAACAUCCUGGAUACAGGCGGAGGGGACCAGAACAGCAAGCAGGCCGACGUCAACACGAUUAGUACAGCUUUCGAAACAGUCAUGCGUGUUCACUACCCCACGGCGCUGGGACGCAUCGCCAUCCGCUUGGUACCCUGCCCUGCCAUCUGUGCCGAGGCCUUCUCCCUAGUUUCCAACCUGAGCCCAUACAGCUACGAUGAGGGUUGUCUGUCCAGCAGCCAGGACCACAUCCCUCUGGCAGCUCUCCCCCUCCUGGCCACCUCUGCUCCACAGUACCAGGAGGCCAUUGCCACUGUCGUUGUAAGAGCCAACCACGUGUACACAGAGUUCAUAAAGUCUCUGAACGGGGCAGUCUUCUCUGGCCAGGUGUGCCUCAUUGGGGACUGUGUGGGAGGAAUCUUGGGAUUUGAUGCACUGUGCAGCAGCAAUCAGACAGUUAAUGAAAGCCAGGACAGCAGUCGCAGGGGCAGUGUCGUCAGUGUACAGGACCAGGACCUCCUUUCUCCUGGAAUCAUUAUCAACAGCGGGCACGGGUCAGCCUCUCCGACUCUGGAGGGCAGCCGCCACCUCAGUCGCAGUAACAUUGACAUUCCUCGUGCCAGUUCAGGUGACGACACCAAGCAACAACUGCCACGCAAGAGAAGUGACUCCUCCACCUACGAGCUGGACACAAUAAAACAACACCAGGCCUUCCUCACCAGCUUACACGCCAGUGUUUUGCGGAACGACACAGUCUCACGUAGGUCGAGCAGCAGCGCUAUGCUGGAUGGAGGCACCCUGGGAAAGUUUGACUUCGAGGUCUCCGACUUUUUCCUGUUUGGCUCUCCACUGGGCUUGGUACUCGCCUUGAGAAAGACUGUCAUUCCAAUGCUGGAUGUGGCCCAACUGCGGCCUGCCUGUCAGCAAGUCUACAACCUGUUCCACCCAGCCGAUCCCUCAGCCUCCCGCCUGGAGCCUUUAUUAGAGAGGAAGUUUCACCUCCUGCCUCCCUUCAACGUGCCCCGUUACCAACGCUUUCCCCUGGGAGAUGGAAACUCUGCCCUACUUGUGGAGACAGUCCAGAGCAACGCUCAGCUGCUACUUGACAGCGGGCCUCCCCUGUCCUUUCGCUGUCAGGAGGCCAUCAGUGAGACCUGCAUCCCUGUGCCUGUGCUAAACUGGCCGGAGGGCUCCCUCAAAGCCACACCCGCCACUAUGGAGUCGGAUGUUGUUCAGUCUCAUGGUGGUGUCUUCAUGGACAGUUCGUACCCCUCAUCCCCCGUAACGGGGCCCCUCUCCCGGGGCCAGCGGAGGGCCAGUGAAGUCAGCAUUGCCAGCCAGGUCUCAGGAAUGGCAGACAGUUACACUGCCACCAACAUAGCCAACACCAAAUCACGCCAAAUUAACCAAUUCAAAAAGUUCAGCCUUUUGUCCCAACUCGCCCUUUCAUCACAAAACAAAUUCUUCCUGAAAAGUCCUCCUAAGUCCCGUAAGAAAGCGGAGGCUGGCAAGGCCGCAGGAACUCCUGAUGCAGAUCUAGUAGCAGAGCUGGACGGUGUGGCAGAGACUAGUGACCGUCUAAGUCCCACUGGCCAGCACGAGAACUGCGUGUCACCUGGGCUGGAGCGUGCUAUAUCUGAUCUGGUCUCACUGGACUCCCAGGCUGAAGUGGACCAAGUUGCAGCACGUUGGUGGGGCACAAAGCGGCUGGACUUUGCCCUGUACUGCCCCGAUGCGCUCACCGCUUUCCCCACUGUGGCUUUACCGCACCUCUUCCACGCAUCAUACUGGGAGUCCACUGAUGUUGUGUCUUUUCUCCUGAGACAGGUGAUGAGGCAUGAAAACUCUAGCAUCCUGGAGCUCGAUGGGAAAGAAGUGACUGAAUUCACCCCCUCUAAACCUCGAGAGAAGUGGCUUCGCAAGAGGACCCUUGUGAAGAUCAGGAACGUGACUGCCAACCACCGCAUUAAUGACGCGGUGUUCACAGAAGACUCCCAGCAGGUCGUGACAGGUCGCUUUAUGUACGGCCCUCUGGAUAUGGUCACCUUGGCCGGGGAGAAGGUUGAUCUCCACAUCAUGACCCAGCCCCCAUCAGGAGAAUGGGUGUACUUCAACACACAAGUGACCAACAGUAGUGGCCGUGUGUCUUUUGCCAUCCCAGAGAAAAAACGUCUGGGCAUCGGAGUCUACCCAGUCAAAAUGGUUGUCAGGGGUGACCACACAUGUGCAGACAGCUACCUGACAGCUGUUCCACGUGGCACAGAGUUUGUUGUAUUCAGCAUCGACGGGUCAUUUGCUGCCAGUGUGUCAAUCAUGGGCAGUGAUCCCAAAGUGCGGGCAGGAGCCGUGGAUGUUGUCAGACACUGGCAAGAUUUAGGCUAUAUGAUCAUCUAUGUGACAGGACGACCAGACAUGCAGAAGCAGCGGGUAGUGGCUUGGUUAUCUCAGCACAACUUCCCUCAUGGCAUUGUCUCCUUCUGUGACGGCCUGGUCCACGACCCGCUCAGACACAAGACCAACUUCCUCAAGUCCCUGACAGAGGUUCACAUGAAGAUUUUCGCUGGCUACGGAUCAACCAAAGACAUCUCAGUCUACACCUCCGUUGGCAUCCCUCCCUCCCAAAUAUACAUCGUCGGGAGACCCUCCAAGAAGAUGCAGUGCCAGUUCAUCACUGAGGGAUAUGCGGCUCAUUUGUCCCAGCUGGAGUACAGUCACCGUUCUCGGCCAGCUAAGUCCAGCAGUGCACGCAUGGUGCUACGUAAAGGCAGCUUCGGCUUGGGUGCAAACAGCGACUUCCUAAGGAAGAGGAACCACCUGCUGCGCACCAUCUCCUCCCAACCGACCCCCAGCUCCCCAACAGGCAGCAUCCACAACAGGCCAGAACGCACACAGAGCCAAUCGGACGGCGAGAGGCUAGAGCGGGAUCGGCUGGAGUGCACUCACAGCUACAGCCAGGGAGCAGCACAGCGCAGCAUGAGCAUCACAGCCAGCUGCUGGGGCCGCAGCAGCAGCACCAAGCUGGAACCAGGCGUUCUCAGCCCCAAAUGAGAUUAGGAAGACAGAGUACCUUCGGGAGAGUGAUGAAAAGUAUACAGUGCUGAGGAAGAGACCCAUGACAAAGAUAAAUGCAAAGAGUGAAAAACUGUUGGCUUGCACCAGAUGGGUAAAUACCACAAUGAAAACAAUAGGUGCUACAAACCACUCUUUAUAAACUAAUGCCAGUUACACUCUACACAGAUAUUUAUGAACAGAGGCUACGGCUAUAUUUAUUAUACAACACACACAAUACUCAACAGGCAUUUCAAGGAGCAUCUUCCUGAAACAGAAACGUGCACACAAAUAGACAAAGCAUAUAUUGUAGGGAUCCAGACUGUUUCUACUGUUUAGUAAAUAUUUAUCACUCUUGAUUACAAGGUCAGUUUUCCUCCUACAGCGGGCUCUUAGAUUGGAGAUGGUUACACAUACAAGCACCCCAUUGCUGUAUACUUAAGUUAACAACACAAAGUGGUUACAGACAGCCUGUAUCAGGUCCCAGUUUGGAUACUGUUCUGAUCCUGCACUGUAACUGACGCUGACACCACAAGCACAGCAAUUACGAUAGUUUUAAUGCUAUGUCCUUUUUAUGUGAUAACCAGAUAUGUUCACGUCUGGGAGCAGAGCGGAGAAUCAGGUAAAACUGGAUUGAAUGUGUUUCUUUUCUCAGUGUGACCAAACAAACACACAAUCAUUUAGCCAAAAUGUAUCUUUUUCAGAUUUGUUUUUUGAAAAAAAGCUUCAUAUAUCAACAUUAACCAUUGUUCUGUAAGCCAACAUGAACGGAUUUGAUCAAGAUCUACUACUUGUUGCAUAAACAAAGACAACGAUGACUAAAUAAUGUUUUAGCAAACCAUACAGUCCAGUUUAGCUUGUUUUCUAGUCGUCCAUCAGACCAAAGAACCAUCCAAAUAUCACAUGAAGCAAACUGCGAAAUUACCCUUUAAUGAUGGUUGCAGCUUAAACUGUUCCUGGGAUUUUAUAGCAUUUCACCACAUCUCACCACACUGCACUGCUGAACCUUCCUGAAUCAGUAAUGUUUGACUCGGCUAUAAGGAAAACUCCUACUACUGUACGGUUAAUGUGCCAAAGUAAACAGUAUAGAAUGAAAUGCUGUACAUGAAUAGAGAGGAAAUAAUUAAGGUCUCCUGUGAAAAAAAUGGAAUAGAUUGUGUAAGUAUGUAGUUGAAUGGUUUAACAAGGCUUGUACAUAAUUAUUACGUGACAGUGCAGAUCUGGUAUCUGGUCCACUGAAGACCAGUUUUAAGUGUCUUUUUCACUCUGGGGGUAAACACCACCUCAUUCGGGAUACACUUUAAUGAUUGAUGAUGAUUAUUGUUAUUUAAGAUUAUAGAUAUUUUAAAAUGUAUUGAUUUUGUGAACAAAAUGUGUUUUUAAUAUUACUUUAACUAUGUUGUGGGUUUUUUUUUCUUCCUCAAACUUCAGUUGCAGCAGCCAAAACUCAAAGAGGUCUUUGCCUGGCACAGUAUUGUAUUUUUAUUAUGUUAUCUUGCAGAUCACCAGAAUCGUAUCAACAGAACUGCUAUCUUGUGUCAUAUAUUGUAUGUUUAUUAUCUAAUUUUGGAAAUUUGGGAUAUGGCUUCUCUCCGGUUAUCCCUAAGCUGUACAUUAGGCAUUGAAUGUGCUCAUAGAUAAUCCUCUUUAGGUUAAGGUCUCUUUUCUCUGUUCUGCUUUUGCGCCUUUAGAGGAAGAACAAUCUGCAAAUUGUAAAUUCUGUACAAAAUGCUGUCGGAAGUAGGAGCACAGAGCUAAGACUUAACUUUAUGCUGUUCGCCAUUUUUUCCUGACAAGGGUACAACAUUUGUGAUUUAUUCAUUCAAAUGAUGUUUAUUUGUCCCUCUAAUAGGCAUUUAUAGAGCUGACUGCAAUGGACCAAUAUGGGCUCAAAUGUAAGGGAAAUGUGCAAUAUUACUCAACUGCACCACACGAUCAAACCAACUGUGUUGAGGAACACAGCACAGUGCAUUGACAAUCAGUUCAACAGGCACAUAUUCUACAGAUGUCAAAUUGCAGGGGGAAUCUGAACACAUCUUAGCACUCAACGAACACACAGGGCACACAUGCAACAUUUGUAGAGUCCAUUUAAAAAAAAAAAAAGUACAGAUUUCUCACAAGUGCCACUGACCUGAUAAUGGUGUGAAAUAUUACUGCAGGUUUUUUUUCCUGUGGACAGACAUGCUCUGUCUUAACUUUGUUUUUGAGGUUUGGAUGAAGUCACUUAACAUUUAAAAGUGACCCAGAAAUCAACACUUAGUUGCCAUUUUAUUAGGUACACUUACAGUAUGUAAAAAAAAAAUGCAGUCCUGCAACAAAUCCUACCUUCAUUAAACAUUUUAAUGUGUUAACUGUUUUAGAGGGGAUCAACUUAAUGGUCAUUUUAAAGGCUGUAGUUUGUGAUGCUGUUGAAUUGUAUUGUGUUAUACUGAGAGGUGUUUCUAAUAAUCUGUCCACCUCUUUUAUAUCAAUGAGGGGAGACCUAAUGCUAGAUAACUAAGUGUACAUCCCAAUGCAUAGGUACCUAUAACUUGCUUGGCCAUGGCUGUUUCUAGCAAUCCUGGUGAAGCAAGUGUAAUUACAAACUGUUUUACAGUCCCUCUGCAUUUUGACCAUUUUAGAGAUUUGGCUUGAAGCCAUAUAUAAAACUCUUUUGAAAGCUGCUGAUCGAAGAAUGGCUGUUUGUACAUUGAUAGUAUUUGGAAAAAAGGAAAGGCAAUGCUGUAAAACAUGCAGCAUGGUUAUCUACUGAACCAUAUUAUGUCUUUCCUCAGAGAUCUGAAUUGCCUGGAUAUCAAAAUCCAGAGAAUGUAAAGACGAAGCGGUGCAGUUAUCUGAAGUUUGGAUACCUCUGGGCAGACAAUUGCUUUGAUUCUGCUACUUACACACACAUUACCAGAGGCCUUACAUUUCCCUUUUCUGCCUUACAUUGGCCAUUGUGUUGUGAGGCCUAGAAUGAACACUGCUCACUCCCGAAUUGACUUCAUGGAAAAGGGUAGACUGUUUACUUUUUAGAAAUGGGAAAAGGCCAUAUUUUUUCUUAAAAGGCUUUGGCUUGUUUUCACUUAAAAGGAAAUGUACAAAGGAGAAAUCGGUUUGACAUAUUUCACAAACAUUAGGCAAUCCGUCUUAAUCUCUGUUCCCCAGGUUAACGCAAUGUCAACCACUGUUACAUCAACAGUUAGCAUUCAUGGGCUGUAUAUAUAUAUAUGCAACAUACCUUGGUAAAUAUUUUCAUUGUACAGGAUAUGUAUCUUGUAGGCUUUUGGAUAACAAUGUUAUCAAUUCCCUUGUGCAUUUAUGUACAGUGUAUAAAGAACAUAUAAAGAACAA